GAGGCAGAAGAGCAACCGGACUCCCAGCACCGGCGGAGAGAGCAAUAGGACCCACCCGCCGCCCUCUUUCUGUGAGACGGCAAAGAGAGAGCGUAUCCCGCUUUCCUUUCCACCGAGAAGGGAAGUUCGGGUUUGUUGUGCGCAGCGCUUUGGCAGUGGAAAGUUGGGGCCAUGCCGCGCUUGUUAGUCUGGGAGCUGCGAUCCCCUUUAAGCGUGGGAUCUUACUUCUGAGUAGACGCGCGUACGGUCGGGUUGCGCAGUUCCCGGCGUGUUGUCUGACUGGGGGAAAGCUACGCCCACUUGGCUACUUCUCUGCUCCCGGGAUUUGCCACGUGCAGGAGGACUUCACGCUGCGCUUGAUGAAGUUGGUGGAAUUCUUUCUCGCAAGGUGUAGCGAUGACCGAUCUAUGAUUUGCAAGUGACACUUCAGCCAAGUUUCUCCAGCUUUUUGCAACAAGAUGUUUACUACAAAUUCUUCAAACUGGGUUACUUUUGAAGAUGACUCCCUUUUCCAGUCUCCUCGGAAGGCAGGUGGAAAUCAUAAUGCCUGCAGAGCAAAUGGGCUUAAUCUCAUUCUGCCUAACAUACAUGACUCAAGUCAGUCCUCUUCCUCCAGUAACACUUCUCUGUCUUCUCCUGUAGUGGAUUAUUACGUUACUCCUGGACCUCCUAGUAACUCUCCACUAUGCACACCUACUAAAGACUAUCCAGUGAGCCCUUGCUUUCCCAAAUCAGGAAUUCACCUUCUUUAUUCUAUUCCAGAGUUUAAUCUCCCAAUAGCUGAGUCAUCCUCUCAAAAACUACCUGGCACAUCUUGGACUGAGCACAGUUCAAAUACCCCUGUUCCUAAGUCAAUGGAUUGUUCAAAUGCAGUUCAACAAGAAAUCUCAAAUAAGCUGGAAGAUUCUACAGAAUCACGAAUGUUCUCCCAUUACAUUCAGAACGAUUGUGUUUUUUCUAGUCCAUUUUGGUCAGAAGAUCUGCCUGGUGUGUCUUCAUCCAACUCUGAUGUGCACAGAAAGGAUAUAAACUUUGAAAAGAAUAUUUGUUGUCCCAAAGAAAAGGAAACAUCUGAUCAGAAAAUUCUCAAUCAGGGAUCUUUUCACUACAUUUGUAAGAGGCUUGAGCAUUUGCAAACUAAUACUUCAGACUGUGAAAAAAUGCUGACAGCUAUGCCAUGUAUGUAUAGUGGAGAUGGCUCCUCCUCAUUCAUUCCACAGAGUCUCUUCAGGAAUCAAAGAAAAGAUGGGUGGCCUUUCAUGCUGAGGAUUCCUGAAAAGAAGAAUAUGAUGUCAUCGAGGCAGUGGGGACCUAUAUAUCUUAGGGUUUUACGUGGAGGAAUCCUACAAAUGUACUAUGAGAAGGGACUUGAGAAACCUUUCAAAGAAUUCCAGCUACAGCCAUUUUGCAGACUUUCAGACCCCAAGUUGGAGAAUUGCAGCAUCUCUGGGAAAAUCCAUACAGUAAAGAUAGAGCAUGUAUCAUACAUAGAGAAAAAGAAAUAUCAUCCGAGAGCUGAAGUGGUCCAUGAACCAGAGAUAGAACAGAUGUUGAAGCUGGGAACAGUUGAUUAUGAUGACUUCACUGAUUUCCUGGAAACAGUAGAUGAAGAGUUAAUGAAGCUUCCUGUCCUAUCAAAGUCUAAGAGAUAUUAUGAAGACCAAGAAAUAAUUCUGGAAAUAGUUGACAACUUUUGGGGGAGGAUCACUAGAGCAGAAGGGAAACUAGUUGAAAAUGCUGUUACCACUCAUAUUUAUUGUUUGAGUUUUGUGAAUGGAAACUCAGAGUGCUUCUUGACAUUGAAUGACUUGGAGCUCCAAAAGAGGGAUGAACGUUACUUUGAGAGGGACACAGAGAAAAAAUGGAUUGACAUUCUUGACUAUGAUUUCCAUAGAUGUGUAAAACAAGAAGAGUUUGAACAUUCAAGGAUUAUUAAAUUUAUGCCCCCAGAAGGCUGCAGAGUAGAGCUGAUGCGUUUCAGAACACAGUAUAAUGAACCUUAUCUUCCAUUUUCUGUCAAAGCCUUGGUGGUGGUCCAGGGAGCAUAUGUUGAACUUCAGGCUUUCAUAAACAUGUCCCCAGCUGGUUUGGCUUCAGUUCAUUCACACUCCGUGAAACACCACUGUGAAAGUAUUAUGGUACACUUUCCUGUUCCUCCACAAUGGAUCAAAAGUCUUUGGACUAUGAACCUCCAAAGGCAAAAGUCACUGAAAGCAAAAAUGAACAGAAGAGCAUGUCUUGGCUCUCUCACAGAGACUGAAUCUGACUCUGGCAUACAAAUCUCUGUUGGAACAGCCAAAUAUGAAAGUGCCUAUAGAGCUGUCGUGUGGAAGAUUGACAGACUUCCAGAUAAAAACUCAAGUCCAGAUCAUCCACACAGUUUGUUUUACAAACUAGAACUUGGGUCUGAUCAGGAAAUCCCUUCAGACUGGUAUCCCUUUGCCACAGUGCAGUUUGUUGUGCCUGAUGCAUGUGCUUCUGGAACUGAAGUGAAAUCUCUGGGCAUUGAGAGUGACAUUCAACCCCAGAAACAUGUGGUUCAGAAAACAUGUUACAAUUGCCAGGUUGAAAUUGAGAAGAAGUGGAUUAGGCUUGAUGGAGAAGAUCCUGAUAAGGCUGGGAGCUGUCAAAUACAGUAGAAAGGUUUGGAGAGAAGAUGACUCAGAUGCGCUGUUAGGGCUUGUUACCUAUGUCAGUAUGGAAAACGCCAGUAUAUUAAAGAAAAACUGUUGCUAACAAGAGAAACUGAAAUGUAUCAAGACAACAGAAUCUUUCAAUUCAUGAUGUUGGAUAGUAUGUACUGCUGGAAGUUUUUAUUCCUAACACAUAAGUAGCCCUCUGUAAAAGUAGUAUUGUAAAUUGAUCUUCAUACUAUCUUGAAAACUAAUGGAACAGGAUAUGAAUUUUUUGUAUAUCGACUGUACAGCACAUGGUGUUAAAACAUCAAAAUAUUUCAGCUUUUGGGUAUGUUCUGGAAAGGUAAAUUAUAGAUUUGAAAUUAUUUAUCAUUUAUUCACGUAAUAUUAUAUAUUCUUUCCCCCUGUGUCAGCAAAUAGCAGAAGCCCCAAAUAUACUUUUAAGGAUUGUUUAGCAAUAAGCUUAUAACAUUUUUAAUUGCUCAAUGAGUUGGAUCAUUUUGUAGCUUUGGGAUGGUUCAAAUAUGUUUUCCUCCAAAAAAGAAUAUCCAUGCGGAAAAUGUUAUGCUAGAGUGCAAAAACAAUGUUGCUUUUUCCCGGAGUAGUUCAUUUGGCAACAACUGGCAGGCGGCAGAGUCCUUGCUUGGAUCUUUUUCCUGUGAAAUCCACACAUCUUGCACUUCACUGAAACACCGUCCUCACACAUCUUCCCUCUUAAACUAGCAUAAGUUGCCCAGCAGUGCUCCUUGGUGGUCUUAGAACCAGCACAAGUUGUAUGGAAAUGCUCUUCCUUUGGCCUCUCAUUUGUAUUUGCAGACAAAACUGCUUGCAAGUUCACUAUGCCUGAGCUUCAGCUAAAAAAACCCCAAAAAUCUGGGGGGAGUAAAAACUCUUGUUCUGCACAGAUGAGGCAAAGUUUUCAUUUUGGAACAGGAAGGAGUUUUUUUAAAUAGGUUGCUGGAUUUUAUGACCUAUUUUGGAUCCAUCAAGAACAUAUGUUGCAUUUGGAACAAAACUGUCCUGAAUCUGUAGUUAGAGAGUUGCAAGAUCCUGAGAACCCCAGAUAAAUCUGGAACACGAGAUGUUCCUUACUGCUGCCAGCUGAACUAGAGUUUGUUUUGGGGGGUGGUCAGAUCUCUUUGCCCUCUUGAGGUGAGGGCAUUUUUUUUUCAUGCCUGUGCUAUAUGCUCUGGAAGCCAGAGAAUUGUCUGUCUCUAUGUUUAAUUUGUUUUGGUGGCCUUCUUUACUGCAGCUGCUCUAGAUGUUUAUAUUUGUUGUAAGUAAGUCUUUUUGGAAUAAAACUAUAACACUUCAUCUCGCUCUAA